ACACCUGGAGUACCUGUUGUUGUCUCUGUUGUAACAACAGAGGUUACGCCUGCCACAAAAAGAAAUGAUUAAAAGUGUAAAAAGAGUCGGUGCACAUCGCGUUGAACUUCAAAGUGAUGGGGAGUUAUUAUUUAUUUAAUUUUAUAGGUAAUAGAGUGCGGAAUUCUGAGGGGUUCUAAUUAUUUAACCCCGUAGAAAGUGAAAUCCGUGACUUAACCCUGAAAAUUCCUCGGUAAAUGAGAGUGAUGGAAGAGCGUCCAAGUCAAUGAACGUUGAAUUGUUCUCAGGAAGUCAUUACGUGUCAUCAGAAUGUUCCAAGAGGAUUUUUUGCGGGAUGUGGCCCGGGCUAUCGAGGGUUGCAAUACAAUUCGGUAUCCUACGUAUAGAACUGCUGCCAAGGUGCAGAUACUGCAUAGGGAAUUAAAUAUGCAAUAUGUAGAGUUAAAAAUAGUAAUGGGUGUCUUCGAGCGUCAUCGGCUAUCAGUAACUGAGAACUCAGUGCCACUGGACGAGACAGAGAUAGAGGACGUCAUAUCAGACAUAUAUUUCGCCUCCCACAAGGAGUGCGAGGUGGAUUUCGAUGUCAAUCAGGCAACCAAGCUAGCUGUCAACAGUGUAUUGAGGAUAUUCGAUCAUGAUCGCAAAGGAAAAGUCUCAGUAUUCCCAGUAAAAGUGUUUCUAACUCUUUUAUGCUGCGGCAAGCUCCAGGAGAAAUACGAGUAUCUGUAUCAGCUGUUGGCAGACCACAACGCAUGUUUAUCCAAGGCUGCACUGCAUAUGUUAUUAACAAAUGUCUGUAAAAUAACCGAAAUGCUAGGAGAAAGUGUGGCUUAUGGGAGUCAUCAGGUGCAGUCGAGCAUUGACAGCUGCUUCAUUGAGUCUCAGGGAUGCCUGGGAGUAAGUGAGACUGAAUUUGGAAUCUGGUUGAUGCAGGAUCCCCCUCUCCUGUCCUGGAUUUCAACGUUUAAUCGGUUGAAGGUGUCGGAAAAUACCGUCCAUAAUAUUAAGUGCUCAACGUGUAAAAUAACGCCAAUCCAUGGGCCGAGGUUCUCUUGCCUGAGAUGCGCUCGUUAUCAUCAAUGCCAGACGUGCUUUUUCCUUGGAAAAGUAUCGAGCAAACAUAAAUUGAAACAUCCUGUGAGAGAAUAUUGCACGAAGACGUCCAGUAAAGAACUCACGAAGUUGAUAGUCGAGCUGAUAAGAAAUAAAUUACGUCUCUGUCCGACUCAGGGCUCAUCUCCUCUAGCAGAAGCUCAAUCCCCAGAGUCUCCAACGAGUGAGGCACGAGGGCUUGACACGAUAUCAGUUAGGAGUACUGUCAGACGACGAGUUUUGAGUGAUCCCCAAAAAGAGUUGCAGAGUAUUAUUAAUCACCUGGAGGAGGAGAAUAGACAAUUGCAGGUGGAAUUAAUGGAGAUAUGUGGAGGUCGGGCUGAACGACUCCAGCAGCACCGACGCACCGUAGAAUCACAAUUGCAGCGGCUAAAAAUACUCAAAAAGUAUUUAUUCAACGGCCAAGGAAUUACAUCGACGCAGGUGAUUAAUCGCGUACAGAGUACACCGAUGCUGCAACCGAUUUCCUCAAGAUAUCCAGCAUUAACUCUUCCAGAGUUCGAGCUCAGUCCCAUUACUCGACAGUUGAAUAAUGAUAAACAUCAACAUCAAGUGAUUAAUAAUGGCAAUGAGUGCCAGGAAAAUACUUACAGAGUUUCGGAGAUCAAUCAGAAUGAUGAGAGUGAAUCACAGGAGAUUUCGAAUACCUACAGCAAUACUCGGGUCUCUGAACCCUCCAGAAUCGAGUUGAGCACGUGGAUUGGAGGUUAUCGAACAACGAUCGAUCAGACACCGAGUGGUUUUUCCCAGUGGCUGAGCCCUGAUAAUCCUUCAAUGAUGAAACACAAAUACUCGAAGACGAUUGACACAGAUUCAUCACUGGGUCUUCCAAGAGAUACUCCAUCGUCCCUGCAACGUCCUGACAAGCACUCCCAGCACAGCAGUCUCCAGAAUAUCCAGGGAGACCUCAAUGACAUUUUAAAUCGCCUCCAGCACAUGGUAGCGAACGAUUGCCUCCUGGAAGAGUCAUUCAGUGCCAAUGACAACUGCGAGCUCAAACGUGCUGCUACGGAAAUGGAAGAUUUAUUAACUGGUUUGAUAGAAGGCAUGGAAUCCAGGAAGGAUAAGCUCGCAACGAUCGUUUAAUUAUUUAAUACAUUAUCACGCAAUCACUCGACACUUGUGCAUUUAUUAGAAUUAAUUACACUUUUUUUUAUGAAUGAAAUACUUUUAUACAACGAAUUAUGAGUGGAGAUUAAUGAUAAUAAAAAGAGGAAAUUAA